AUGUUGUUAGAUCGACAGGUGGAAUUUGAGAGGAUCUCUAUUCGCCAUAAUGGAUCAGAGGACGAAAAGUUGUUGUUUAACCAAAUAUCCAGUAAUCUUGGACUGGUCGAGGAUCUUAGAAUCUAUUCUGUUUAUGAUCAUAGCUUUAGACUAGUUUUCACUUCAUGGCCACAGAAUAUUACUAUCUUGAGUUCCGCUUGGUUCACUCUGGAAUAUCUUUUGGCGUGCACUUGCAGUAGAAUUACACUUUGGAAUUCUCUUCUGGGAAACAAGGAUACGGAUGAGAUACUCAAGAAUUGGAAGGCUGGAGGGUUUUCGAAUCUAGAAUAUCUGUACGUCGAAAGUCAAAAUAUUACAAAUAAUGGAGAACUGAUUUUGGGAAUGAAUUUGAUGGAAUUAGCCAGAACUGUUAUCCAAACUGAUGAUGGAUCAAAGAACGGAACUAUUAGACUUGACACCGGAAGUAUUGAAAUGACAGAUGAGAGCAAGCACGUGUUCUCGGUGAACAGUUUCAAACUUCACUGGUCAGAUCCGCCUGCUUUUAAGAAACCUCAAAUCAAGAGAUUCUUAAUCAAAAUUCUCCUCCAACCGAUUACUCGCGAUUGGAAGCGAUAA